AUGGCUAGGCUAUUGCUGAAAUUGCAGCGCUAUUUCCGCAGGAAGCCUGUACGGUUCUUUUCUUUUAUAAUCCUCUAUCUAACAGCUGGGAGUCUGGUGUUCCUGCAUUCUGGGUUUGCUGGGGAGACUACAGAAACUGUAAAAGAGCCUCUGGCCAGUGAGACGAUUAACGGGGACCUGGAUGUCCAGAACCUGGGCCUAAUUGGAAGGGUUUUCAAGGAGGCUCAGAGGCCCUCCAAACGCUAUGGCCCCCCUUGGUUGAAAACAGGUUCUCAAGACCCACCUGAGAAAGGCAGAGAUUACGCUAGUAGCUGGAGCCGGGCACUGAAAGGGAAGGGCAGCAGGGAUCAGGAGGAAAGUCGAGCUAAAUACAUUGGCUGCUAUACUGACAACACACAGCAGAGAGCACUGAGGGGGACCUCAUUUUUCGACUACAGGAAGAUGACUGUUUUCCGUUGCCAGGAUAACUGUGCAGAAAGGGGCUACAUGUAUGCGGGACUGGAGUUCGGAGCCGAGUGCUACUGUGGACACAAAAUCCAAACCCCCAAUGCCAGUGAGUCGGAAUGCAACAUGGAGUGCAAGGGGGAAAAGAACAACAUCUGCGGGGGUGCCAACCGCCUCUCCAUCUACCGCCUUGAGCUCAGCCAAGAAUCAGCUAGGAGAUAUGGAAGUGCAAUUUUUAAAGGAUGCUUCCACAAACCGGACAACAUGUCACUUGCACUUCCUGUUGGUGUCAUAAUGACAAAUAUGUCUGUCGACAAGUGUGUGGACUUCUGCACGGAAAAGGAAUACUCACUGGCAGUUCUUGCAGGUCAGAACUGCAACUGUGGUUUCCCAUCCGUACAUUUCACUCUCCAUGAGCGGGAGGAUGAACAGCUUUGCAUGCACCGCUGCAGUGGAGAAGAGUUUGAGAGCUGUGGGAAUGAGGACUAUUUUGUGGUCUACCAGACUCAGGUACAAGAUAACCGCUGCAUGGACCGACGAUUCCUACCCACUCGAUCCAAGCAGCUCAUUGCACUGGCCAGCUUUCCUGGGGCAGGGAACACCUGGGCACGUCACCUCAUUGAGCUGGCCACAGGCUACUAUACAGGCAGCUACUACUUUGACGGAUCUCUGUACAACAAAGGCUUUAAAGGUGAGAGAGAACACUGGCGGAGUGGAAGGACAAUCUGCAUCAAGACCCAUGAAAGUGGCAAGAAGGAGAUCGAAACUUUUGAUGCUGCCAUCCUCAUGAUUCGCAACCCAUACAAGGCUCUGAUGGCAGAAUUCAAUCGCAAAUACGGUGGGCAUAUAGGAUUUGCUUCUCAGGCGCACUGGAAAGGAAAAGAAUGGCCCGAGUUUGUCAAAAACUACGCACCAUGGUGGGCUUCUCAUACCUUGGACUGGCUCAAAUAUGGGAAAAAUGUCCAUGUCAUUCACUUUGAAAGCUUAAAGCAACAGCUAUUCCAUCAGCUGAAAAAAAUGGUGAAAUUCCUGGGUCUUGUCGUCUCUGAAGACCGCUUGCUGUGUGUGGAAGGACAGAAAGACGGCAACUUCAAGCGAUCUGGCUUGCGAAAGCUUGAGUAUGAUCCUUACACACCAGAAAUGAGAAAGGCAAUCAAUGGGUUUAUCAAGACAGUUGACCUAGCUUUGAAAAGAAGGAAUCUCACCGGUGUCCCAGAUGACUAUGCCCCGAGAUGAUAGAGGACAUCUGGGAACUCCUUGCCUACUGAAUUCUUUUUUAAUAAAAGAAAAUUCAAGUGAUUAUGGCUGACUUCAUUUCAGCCAAAUGCUUAGUUUUUUUUUUUUUCCUCCACAUUUUUUUUUGGAGAUAAAGACUGAAAAUAAAACGGAGAUUUUACUGUGCUGCUACUCAUUCGGAUCAAACUGAACAGUAUCACCAAUCAACCCCAUGGAAUACAAAAUGUGAGUGAAAGGAAGUUGGGAAGAAAGCAGGGAGCAAAUUGUAUGUUUCUUAUUAUUUUAUGAUAAUCUUCAGAACAAAAAUUUACUUCUGCCACACAUGCAUUCAUUAGAGCAAAGGAAAGACUGUCCAUUGAAACUAGUCAUAAAAACAACACCGGCAGUUUAUUAGAGCUACCUAAUAGAGCUUAAUGUUGCCAUUACUCAGAAUCACUGAUUUAACCACUUUCAUCCUGGCCAGUCUUCUUAAUUUCCACAAGUAAUGGUUUUUCCCCACUGCUAUUUCCCUCAAACAACAUAAAAAUACUCCUAAUAGAUGUAUUUAUAAAAAACAAAGAGCAAUUAUGAUGUAUAUUUUUUUUAACGAAGAGGAAAAUCAUUAAAAGUAUUUUGUUUAAGAAAUCCUGCACAAGGCAUUUUAAGGGGAAAAACUACUUCUGAAUUUAGGGCUGAAACACGUAAUUGAUGUCAUCAAUAUUCAGUGAUAAAAACAGUUGCCAACAAAUUAUUUAGUUACUUGAUUAUAUAUUAAGUAAAACAAUUCAAAGUCCAAGACCUAGUCCACACUAACACAUUUGAAAAUACAUCAUUUUUUAAUUCAUUUUGGCCUUGCAUCAACACUGAAAUGGUGUUUUCAACCACAAUGACAAGUCUUUUUGAAAAUACUCUAUAAUGUGUAUAGAUUUGAACACCUGAUCUUGUGAAGCAGAGCAGAUAUGAUUGUCAUGUAACUAAGCACUAUGUUUAGAAUUCCCUUUGUGAUCUCCCCUUCCUUUGUUUUCAAAAAAGUUUUGUGUUAAUGUGGACUACACAGAAAAGUAAUGUUAAUCACAUUUUGAAAUAUGGCAGAGGUAGAGAUGUAAAUACAGUGGAGGAUCAAAGACCAAAGAAAUCAUUUCAGCGUCACAUCUGGUAAGAAACUCACGUCGGGCAAAAAGUAUAAGCUGAGCUCCUUUUGCAUGGGAGCAUAGCAAUG